CUCGAGUUCGAGUGUCCGCAGUUUGCAGACUGUCGCGGACGUGAUCGGGCGUGCGAGGCGAUCUUUGAGGCAACGUUAUUGUUCAAGAUUACAAACAACGAGUACUUAUUUUGUCCUGGUCCGACGCGUGCGUCAGCGAUACGAAGUGCGAGACGUCGAUCUACAUGAGAGGCCAUCGGUAACGGAGCAGCAAAGUGAGCGCCAGAGAUGAGCGGGCAUGCGACCCGUCCUGGCGAUCCUGGUGGUCAAGCCGUUCUCGAACGUUGUAUUCAGGUGGCCGUGUCGCCGAUCGCUGGAAAACACGUCACCUCGACAUCGCCUAGCACAUCGGUAUCACCAAUGGAGAAGCAAGAUGCUGAUGUCACUCAGGUAAAAUGCACCGGGAAGGAGAUUUCGAAUACUCAAAGAGUCUGGACGAGUUUGGUAUCUGGCGCGGUAGCGGGUGCUUUUGCAAAGACCACGAUAGCGCCGUUGGAUCGUACGAAGAUAAAUUUUCAAAUCUCGAAGCAGCCCUACUCUGCCAGAGCGGCGAUAGAGUUCCUGAGCAAAGCUCUACGUACCGAGGGUCUCCUCAGCUUAUGGCGCGGAAAUAGCGCUACCAUGAUUAGGAUCGUGCCAUAUUCUGCGGUGCAGUUUACGGCACACGAACAGUAUAAGAGAAUCCUGAGGGUGAACGGCGCGGAGAGGGAAAAGCCAUGGGCAAGUUUUCUAGCUGGAGCUCUCGCGGGUGUCACUUCGCAGACUAUGACUUAUCCGUUGGACCUGAUGCGGGCGAGAAUGGCGGUGACUCUGAAGGCGGAGUAUAGGACUCUACGGCAGGCGUUCUGGCGAAUCUACAAAGAGGAGGGAAUCCUCGCAUAUUAUCGUGGUUUCACCGCUACGCUCCUCGGCGCUAUCCCGUAUGCUGGGUGCAGCUUCUUCACGUACGACAUGCUGAGGAAUUUACUGACUGUGUACACGGUGACUAUUCCGGGAUUCUCGACUUCGCUCAUUUGCGGCGGCAUCGCUGGAAUGGUCGGUCAGACAAGCAGCUACCCACUGGACAUUGUGCGGCGGAGAAUGCAGACAUCGGCGAUCAAGGGCCAGCAUUAUCAUACCAUUACGUCCACUAUCGUGAAAAUUUACACGGAAGAAGGAAUAAUGGCUUUUUACAAAGGCUUGAGCAUGAAUUGGGUUAAGGGUCCCAUAGCGGUUGGAAUCAGCUUCGCUACGCAUGAUACAAUACGGGACACAUUGAGAAAAGUCAUUUGUGAGGAUGCAUAAAGAUAAUAGAAUAUUAGAAAUCUGCCAUUCUAAUAUUAUGGAAUAAUAAUUAUUAAUUAUAAAUUUUUUAAUAAUUAUAUAUA